UGGGCAACCAAAGCCAGCUAUAAAUAUGCUCAGUGAAAUUCUUUCAAAAACCAGAAAAUUCUUAAGGAAUAAACGUGAAAAGCUUCUCAGUUUGUGAACGAAAUACGAAAAUGGUUUGCAAGGGCUGUGGCACAAACUGCAAAUGCACCGACGCCAGGUGCGGCGACAACUGCUCGUGCAGUCAGGACUGCAGGUGCGUCUGCAAAACAGGCACCAAGGAACAAUGCUGCAGCACAAAGACCAAGUAAACAGUGCAAGUAAACAGAUAUUGUAGCAAUUAAACUGAAAUGAAGCACUCAACUCUGAGUGAAUGCAAACAAACGGAUUCCCUUCUCAUGAGCUGCAUCGGAAAACAUGUAAAAAAAAUAUCUCUGAAAAAUAUAUAAAUGCCUGAGAGAAGAA